UUGUCAGAAUGUGCCAGAAGAGCCUGGUCAAACUGUUGGCCAGCAGAUCAAAUCAGAGGAGCAGGAGCACGUGAGUGGCAACUGCAGGCCAGCUGACGUCAUGCGGGCCCGGAAGACAUGCGAAGCCGUCCUUAAGGCUCCCAUCUGGGCCAACUGUGCCUCCCAUGUAGUCCUCAGGCCUUUCCUACUGGGCUGUACAAUCAAUCUCUCUCUGGAAUGCCCCACGCACAGCAUCUACACCAACUGCCUUCCCUCAUGCUCACCUUCCUGCUGGGACCUCAAUGGACAGUGCACGGGUGCCAGAGUCCCCUCCACCUGCACUGAGGGCUGCAUUUGUCAGCCCGGCUAUGUGCUGAAAGAGGACAAGUGUGUGCCCAGAAGUCAAUGCAGCUGUAAGGAUGACCAGGGCAGCUUGAUCCCUGCCGGCAAGACCUGGAUCUCCAGUGGUUGUACCCAGAGCUGCACCUGUGUAGGAGGCACCAUUCAGUGCCAGGCCUUCCGCUGCCCCUCUGGGUCCCAUUGCCAGCUCAGCAGUAACGGCAACAGCAACUGUGCACCAAACCAUUUGGUACCUUGCUUGGUCUUUGGGGACCCCCAUUACCGCACAUUUGACGGCCUCAGCUACCGAUUCCAGGGCCGCAUGACCUACAUUCUGAUAAAGACCGUGGACGAGCUCCCCAGUGGGUUGGAACGCCUGCUCGUGGAGGGACGCAACAAGCUAAAUCCGCCUGUGAGCCCAGUCUUCUUGCACGAAGUGAUUACCACCGUCUAUGGCUAUAAAGUGCAGCUCCAGGCUGGUCUGGGGCUUGUGGUCAACAACCAGAGGAUGGCCAUCCCCUAUAGGCCCAACGAGCACCUGCAGGUGACCCUGCAGAGCCAGCGGCUGUUCUUGGUCACUGAUUUUGAGCUGGCCGUCAGCUUUGAUGGAAGGAGCAGUCUGGGUGACAGUUUUGUGAAUGAAGAUUGCUCUCAACGCUGCACCUGCACCAGCUUGGGGAUCCUGCUGUGCGAGCCCCACCGCUGCAGCACCGGCGAAACCUGUACUCUGGGGAACCUCACCCGGGGCUGCUUCCGAGAAAGCCCCUGUCUACAGAACCCCUGUAAGAAUGAUGGCCGGUGUCAGGAGCAAGGAGACAGCUUCAACUGCAAGUGCGAACUUGGUUAUGGGGGACACCUCUGCACAGAGCCAUGGGAUGUCCUGCCCGUCAGAAAGCCAGAAGCAUCCAACUUUGGGGCCAUCCUGUUGGGAAUGCUGUUGCCCAUGACAGUCAUAGUGCUGGCAGCGACCAGAGGGUGCAUUCACAGGAUGAAGAGGAGGAGGAAGAUGGAGAAAGUGCAGAGCCAGAAUAGAGCCAGGCUGGAGGACACAGGUGAGGAGCACCCCACAGCCCAGAACCUCGAGGGCCAAGUUGAGUGUGCCCCCGACAUGGGCUUCCUGCCUUCUCUUCAUGUUGUUCCAGAACAUGCCUUCAGAGUUGCUCAGUCCUGAGUUGUCCUCAAAUAAGGAGAUAAAAUAAAAUUAUUUAUUUUUGAGAA